AUGGUCGCACAGGUUCAGAAUACUCCAUCUGGUGUGAAACAAGGCGGUGAUCCCCAAUCGGCACUUCGAGACGCCAAAAAGGCUGUCAAAGGCAUGAAUCUACCUUCAGGGCCUGUAGAAUCUGGGGCGUCCGCCGCCCAAAACGCAUCAGGGGAUCUCGAGGACGCAUAUAUCUUCCAGGAUACAUAUCUUCAACCCCUCAGGAUAUUCGACGAUAUUAUCGGGCAGCUCGCAGAUGUACAUCCAUAUGCAAAGAUUGCACUGGGCGUCUUGUCUUGUGCUUCAAAAAUGGUCAUCGCCCAAUCGGACCGCGAUCAAGCGGUCCAUCGUCUUGUCGACAAGUUGGAUCAGGUUUUUGGCUUCAUGAUCCAGGACGAGACGCUUAGCCAAAUUUCAUCAAUGCGCGGUAUUCUUGGACAGAUCUCUCAGCAGACCCUUGAAUGCGCCCGCUUUAUCAGAGAUUAUUCAGAGACCAAGAGCUUCUGUGAGUCUUCAAGCUGUUGCACGUUCCACAUGCUCAGGUUUCCCCCCAUUACAACAGGGGAGAGACUCAGGAAAGACAUUCUCACCGAAACAAACAAUGAAAUUCAACGGUAUAGCGAUGCGUUGGAUGCCCUCAUGCAAAACUUCCGGGACCAAGUUGCUCGGGACGUAGCUAUUUACACCCACCAUACAGGUGAGUAUCGUACCUGUUCCCGAUGCAACAGCUAUACAUUUCUCUUCAGGCGAACUACUGGACCUCAGUGGUAUAACUUAUGCAGCGAACGCAGGGCUAGAUACCAGGAAACAAUGCCUCCAAGGGACGCGCACGGAAGUACUCUCCCAGAUCACAGAUUGGGUGAACAGCACUGGAGACGACGUUCCACGGGUGCUGUGGCUAUCUGGCCCUGCAGGCAAGGGCAAAUCAGCCAUCGCCCACACGAUUGCUAA